AUGAAAGCAGAUAACAAACCAUCCUCAUCUCCCGGUCUUUCCCUCUGGGAGAAGAUCGACCUCUUCCCCGCCCUUCUCUCCAUCCUCACCUCGGCCCUCUACGCCUCAGUUACGGGCUUGUUUCGAGGAAAGAACGGUACAAGGACAUAUCGUCUCCAUAUCUUCCGUCAACUUAUACACAAGGGCAUUCUGCGGUUGUCGUUUAGGCAAACCCAGUAUUUGGCCCCUUCCACGAAUAAGAACUAUGAGGACUGGUCUAUCAGCCAGAAAGUCCAGCCGGUUACAAUCUCUUUGAACCACGGCGCCUUUGGCCACUGGGUUGGUAAGAAGAAUGCCAAAAAGGUGGUGAUUUAUUAUCACGGAGGCGGAUUUGCACUCCCCGGAACACCUGAACAUUUCGCCUUCUGCACACAGCUCCUCAACUCCCUCAAUACAACGGGUGAAAACAUUGCCUUUUUCUUCCUUACCUACACAUUGACUCCGAACGCCGUGUAUCCGACUCAACUCGCCCAAGCCGUCGAUGCCCUGCGCUAUAUCCUGACCAUCCGCAAGCCAUCUGACGUCUUCCUAGGUGGUGAUUCCGCUGGCGGGAACCUCGCAUUCUCUGUUCUUACGCACAUUGCCCAUCCACACUCCGAGAUCGAACCACUCUCCCUCACUGACGAUGAGGAAGAUGCAUCACUAGCAGGUGUUUUAGGCAUAGCACCCUGGGUUUCUUUCCGCACAGACUGGCCCACCAUAAAAACAAACCAUUACAGCGACAUCAUCUCGGCCGCAAACACGGACAAAUGGUCCUCCGCGUAUUUGGAUGCGCGCAACGGUGAGGGUGAUCCCUGGAGCGAGCCGUUACAGGUGCCCGCGGAGUGGUGGAGAGAUGUCAGGGCGAAGGCGCUGAUGAUUACGGCUGGCGGGGACGAGAUUUUGCUUUCGCCCAUCGAGGCGUUUGUGGAUAAGGUGCGGUCGUCGGGGACUGAGAUUGAGUUUGUGGUUGGUGACAGGGAGACCCAUGCGCCGAUGAUGUAUGGUGGUGAAACAGGUACACGGCAGGGAAGAGCGAUAGAGAAAUGGUUGGCUGAUCGGAUUAGCAGUUAA